GUCGAGUCGGAUUGAGAAAUCAGAACAGAAGCCCUUCAACCGCGAAUAUGAUUAAACCGACUGGCGCUCCAAUUGCUAUUCUUGUCCUGAGCCUGUUGGCACUGAGUUCCGCGGAACCGAUCCGCCGGAGAUUCCCGGUGCGCCAGGUGCAGGAUAUACCCAGUCCUUCGCCCACGGGAUAUCCGGAGGCGGGCAUCACCCCGAGUGUGCCCUUCGAUUUGCCAAGUUCCACAGUCAAGCCGGAGAACACCUAUCUGCCACCUGAUAACACCUAUGGACCUCCGGACAACACAUACGGGCCACCAGAUAACACUUACGGACCUCCAGAGGCCGACUCCGUGCCGGCUGUUGCUCCCGAGGCUGAACCGCAGCCAGAGAAUCCCAUCCAGACUGAUGAUAUCCCAGAAACUGAGGAAGCAUCAGUGGAUGGUGCCAGGCUGGAGCCCGCUGAUGAGGACGCCGAGGAGGAUGAACCGCAGUUGGAAGUUGCUGGGGAUGGCACUGUGAUCGUUGUAGCCAGCAGUCUUGACCAGCCACAGCCCGUCCAGUCCGCACGACUCUAUCAAAGAUUUCCUCAAGGACGGCGUUCUCAGAAGCCCGUUCCUCAGCGGCUGAUCCUGCGUCGCAAUUGGUAGGCUUAAAAAGGUUAGCGUAAGCAACGACGCACUGCAUCAGACUUAAUCGAUCACUUAAUACUCACUGCAUCAAGAACUUAGAAUCUGUUCUUGGGACAUCAUUCGGGCACCGUAC